UACUGUAGAAACGUCCGUCACGUGAUAGAAACGACGUUAUCUUAAUGGCCGAUUCUGUUUUGUUUGUUUUCGUUCUAAUUGCGGGAAGAUGAAAACGUUCAAACGAACGAAAUUCAAAUUUUUCUUUUUUAAUUUUUGUAAAAUUCGCUAAUAACAUUUCACAAUGGAUUCUCUGAGGAUGAAAGUUCUCACUAAAGCUGAUUUUAUUCAGUGGCAAAAGAUUGGAGAAGGUGCAUCUGCCUCUGUAUAUAGAGCAGUGUACACUGGCAAUAACAUGGAAGUGGCAAUUAAAAUGAUCGAUGUUCAUAAAAUGAGAGGAGAAAUGGAUCGUAUAAGUCAAGAAAUCAAGAUACACAGAUGUUUAAAUCACCCUUCUAUUGUAAAGUUAUAUAAUGACUUUGAAGAUGCAGAGUUCAAAUAUCUCGUCCUGGAAUAUUGUCAUAAAGGCGAUUUGCAAAAAUAUCUUGAAGCUAGAAAAAAGCCUUUAUCUGAGAAAGAAGCUUGUUCUAUUUUUCAUCAAUUGGUGGACGGAACGAUCUAUUUACAUUCCCAAAACGUAAUACAUAGAGACUUUAAGCCAUCGAAUCUUCUUCUCACUCGUAACCUAGACAUUAAAAUAGCAGAUUUUGGCAUGUCGGCAAUAUUUCAAUCUAACGACGUGCAUAUGACGUUGUGCGGAACGCCAAAUUUUAUAUCUCCAGAGAUGUUAACCAAAAGAAGACAUGGAUUUAAAACGGAUUGCUGGAGUUUGGGGUGCCUGUUGUAUACGCUGUUAGUCGGCAAACCUCCGUUCGAUACCAGAAACGUGAAAAGUACUUUUGCCCGAGUCAUGAAAACCGACUACAAGAUUCCCGAAUUCUUGAGCAUUGAUGCUAAAAAUCUGAUUGAGGCCCUUCUGCAAGAAGAACCAGAAAAAAGAAUUGAUUUGCAAGAGGUUUUGAAACAUUCUUUUAUGAAGAAAAAUGGUUUUGACUACAACAAGAGAACCAAUAAACUUAGAAUACAAGACUCUAUUGACAGUGGCAUGGGCACCUCGUCUACGCUUUCGACAAAAAUUAGUGGAUAUUCUAAGCUUCAGUCAACGAAUUUAAUUCGCGUUCCUAGUCUAGACACUCUUAAUUCUUGCGAUUUUAGUUCUGAUGACCAUGUUGGUAGAAGAGAUUAUGGGAAUCGUCAUCCUCCGUCACCUCCAGUGCGACUUAAAUCGAGUCCGCACGAAGUGUCUUCUAACUAUAGCAAUGCUAUCUGUCAAUUAAAAAACAGAUUUUCUCCACUUCCAUCUAUAAAUGAUAUUUAUAAAUCUCACGGCAACGAAGAGUUAAAAGAAAUACAGUACGGGCAACCAUCAAGUAACGAAGCCAAUCGUUUUGAAGAGAGAUGCACAGAAAAUCUUGUAGAUGAGCAUUUUCUGGAUGGGCCUGCAAGAGAAAUGUUCAAUGGAGAACUGGAUGCAAAAUUAUGUAAUGGGUAG